UCGCAUGUCGCAUCCUUCCCAAUUCCCCUCUCCUUCUGUUUACAUCCAACUGACAAAAUUCAUUUCAAAUUUUAGAGAGAGAGAGAGAGAGAGAAACCAUGGCUUCGACGAUCAGAACUCUCGCUAAGUUCGACAACCACCGAUUGUACGCCGUCGAUUUCUUCGAAAAUCACGUGAUCGUCACCGUCACGGACACACCCUCUGUCAUCCGCCGCUGGAUUCAAUCCAUUUGCUACCACCACCGCCACCGUGAACGCUUCGGCCGUCUCAUCGUCGGUCUUGGCGUCCAGUGGAUUCCCGACGAAUUCGGCACCUAUAAUCCGGCGGAAACUCUACAGCUCUGCGUCGGAAGCCGUUGUCUCAUUAUCCAACUGACCUACUGCGAUUACCUCCCUCAAAUCCUCCGUCGUUUCCUCCGCGACUUCGGGAUAACCUUCGUCGGAAUCUGGAACAUUCAGGACAAGAAGAAGCUCUUGGAAUCGAAGCAUCAGUUAGAGAUCGGUGGUCUUCUGGACAUAAGGCUCUACGUGGAAAAUUCCCACGGCUGGAGCCUCCGUGAUUCUUCGUUCGAGACGAUCGUCAAGGAGUGUUUGGGAUACGAAGGUGUGGAUUUGAAACCUAGCAUCAGUAAAAGUGACUGGGACAGAUACAUCCUGCGCCAUGAUCAGAUCCUUCAGGCCACUGUUGAUGCGUUCGUCUGCUUCAAGCUUGGCGUCGAGGAACGUCUCUGGAAAGAAACAUAAGACGAUUCAAGGAACUUUGGAAAGCAAGUAAGAAGGGAGAAUUUCUUCAUGUUUCGUUGUGUUGGGUAGAAGAAACUGCUGGUUCUUAUAUUUCGGCCGUAGACUGUGCUGAUUUCCUUGGAAUAUAUGUGAUUCUCCAAUUUAGUCAAUGAUUUGCUGAUGACUUUUUUUUAGAAAACGAUCAUUUCAUAUCAUAAAGAUUUUGAUGCAUUUGUUUUUUCAAUCUAAUGAUCAAAAGCUCCUGUGAUGAAUAGAAUCUAGAAGAAUCACAUGCAAUCAUCCAUCUUAGAUCGAAUAAUAUUUAGAAUGAAAAAUCGAAAAAUCGAUUUUACCAUUUUUAUCUCGUUUGGAGCAAACAGAAAUGAUAUAUAUUUGAAAAAAAGGAUUGCAAAAUGAACCAGUACAUGAAUCAAACACGGAAAUCUCUUUGAUUCUAUGGUUAUUCCUCUCUCCCUCUCUCUCGGGAAAUGGAGCAGAUUAUCGCAGGAGAUGCAGCGGAGAGGACGAGGGGAACUCUGCGACCGAUGGUCGAGAACGAAAUUGCCGUUCCGGAGAUCCUUUGAUUCGUUAGUGGAGCGACCACAAAGCACCGCUCGGAGCCAAGAGGAACUUGCAAAGAUGGAAGCGGGAUUGAGAGAAACAGAGGACGAACUCGUUGAUUCUUCUGAUUCCUCUUCUGGUUUCUGAGCCUUAUUAUUGCGGAAAUAAGCUGUUUUAUGUCUGAUUCCACCAUCCUGACUGGUGAUUAUUGAUCUUUGUGGAAAGUGAUUGUUGGGUUGUUUAAACACAAACAUUCUGAGGGGAACUCUAUCUCAUUCAUUGUUUUUUUUUUUAAUCUACUUUCUUUCUAAUGUGGCGAAUAGGAUUGGGUCCUGAUGAGAAGUGCUUAGAAAAAGUUUGCAAUUACGUACAUAAAUCUAAGAACAUCUGCCUGCAA